AUGCAAUGUGGAUGCGCUCGGUCAUUAGCAACUGCUACCUCACAUAUCAGCCAACGGAUACACUAUCAAAAUGCCAACAACGACAGCAAGCCCAAUACGACUGCAUGGAAAGAUCCUACCGAUAUCUGUGCUAACGAUGAUCUUGGUGAAACACAGCCGUCUUUCUCCAUUGCUCCUCCUGCCAAAGCGGCCACAGAUAUCUUUGUCGACAUUAACUUCGCUGUCAAUGCCACUGGCAGCCUUGCCUGGAUCAUUGACAACUCGACAUUCGGCACCUGA